CUAUACGACAGACCUAAGUAUCACUUUGUCAUACGUGUCCAUUUCCUCAGUGCGUGAUCGAGACCAAUAAAAGGCCAGCGCUUCCCUUUUGCAGUCCACAAGUCUUCAGACCAUUCCUGGUGAUCCUUUGUACCUGUCCUCAGUAGCUUAGGUGAGUUGAGUAGCAUCUCAGGUGAAUUAGAGGCCGUAGCUAUGUGAAAAUAUGCUCGAUAUUGAAUUAAGUAAAAUUGCACGUCUAUGCUCAUUGAGACAACCAGUAUCUUUUCUUAGAGAAAAUUAACCUCGGACGUAAUGAUAGACCGUUCGUGACUGUCUACCAGAAAGGACUUUUGUAUUAGUGCAUUCUGAAAUAAAUAUUCAGGGCUUUGUGAUAUAUAAAUACACUUGUAAUGAUAGCUGUAAAAAAAAAAAAAAGUUGCCAAUUUUUUAGCAAAAGACCAAUUUUAUCUUAAGGUUUCUCAAGACCGCUCACAAUCUUUCAGAGACGUUUCAAGAUAUGAUGAAGAUGACUGAAUAUGUUUAUUGUACUUGUGUCCAUGCUAUCUGAUCAUGCCCACAGUGCUCUCAUUUCCUAAAAUCUUGUAGAAGUAAACGUCUUCAAAUUUUUCUAAAUUUUUUUUUUUUUUAUAAUUUUUAAUUACCUUCAAAGAUUGAGGCAAGCUGUUCCAUUAGUUAGGCGCAGUAGAUACCCUAUGCAUUGACCAGGUUUAUAUCAACGUUUAACUACUUAAUUUUAGACAUUCGGUAUAGCUAUGGACAUGAUGCUAAAAAAUAUAUAUUUUGUAUUCUUUUACUGUUGUUUAGACAGAGCAAAGAAGUAUAUUGUGGGAUUGUACUUCGAGUAGUUCUUGUAGCGGCAAAAUGUUACAUAAGCUAGCCAUGAACUGUAGACGUUAACUUCAGCCGUUCAUACUCAAAUGAAAGAUUAGAAGGGAUAUCUCUGAACAACGAAACCAUCGCAAAUCUCUUUUCAUUUUUAUAUAAAGAAAUGUGUAGGUUUAUUUUUGAUUUGCUGAAACCUAAGCUGAUAUGAGCCUAUGUACUUACAGUAAGAUAUGAGCCUAUGUACUUACAGUAAGAUAUGAGCCUAUGUACUUACAGUAAGAUAUGAGCCUAUGUACUUACAGUAAGAUAUGAGCCUAUGUACUUACAGUAAGAUAUGAGCCUAUGUACUUACAAUAAGAUAUGAGCCUAUGUACUUACAGUAAGAUAUGAGCCUAUUUACUUGCAGUAAGAUAUGAGCCUAUGUACUUACAGUAAGAUAUGAGCCUAUGUACUUACAGUUAUGAGCCUAUGUACUUACAGUAAGAUAUGAGCCUAUGUACUUACAGUAAGAUAUGAGCCUAUGUACUUACAGUUAUGAGCCUAUGUACUUACAGUAAGAUAUGAGCCUAUGUACUUACAGUUAUGAGCCUAUGUACUUACAGUAAGAUAUGAGCCUAUGUACUUACAGUAAAAAUGUCCAACCUGAUCAUCCUCCUCGUAUGCCUUCCGGCCUUGACCUUAUGUGCAAUUGACUGGGCUGCCGUCUCUGUGGGUUCAUUCGCGAAAAUCGACUCCAACAACGACGGAAGCUUAGAGAAACCCGAAGUCGAGCGUUAUUUCAAAGUGAGUUUCAGACUCUGAGUAUGCAAGAGCGAUUGAGUUAGUUUGUCAAAUGUCAAGUAAUGCAACACUAAUAUAUAGUAUGCUUGUAAUUUUAUCUAGUAAUAUAUAAAUGGAUAUUUAAAUAAUAUAAUCAUUUAGCCAAGAAAGUUGACCUCUCCAUGUCACCAUGUUAAAUGACCAUGUUAGGUCACCAUGUUAAAUGACCAUGUUAGAUCACCAUGUUGAAUAGCCGUGUUAGGUCCCCAUUUUUAUGACCAUGCUAGGUCCCCAUGUCAAAUGUACAUGUUAGGUCACCAAUGGCCAUGUUAGGUCACCAUGUUAAAUGACCAUGUUAGGUCACCCCGUGCGAUGGCCAGAUUAGGUCACCAUGUUAGAUCACAACGUAAGAUGACCUUUUCAUUUGGUUUCUCCAAGUGAUAAGCGAACUAUCAUCUCCACUUGAGAGAAAAACAAUAUAAACGAGACAAGCCAUUAUUUCAUUCCCAAACUGUCAACAGCAAACCUAUGACACCAACGGCGAUGAUAAAGUCACCAAACAGGAGUACGUUGCCGUGGUUACCGCCGCAAACAGCGACCACAACCUCGUCAGGGCCCUGACCGGCCUCUUUGACGAUCUGGACUUCAAUAACGACGACGUCAUCGACAAGAACGACAACGACAAGCUGUUCGACCUCAUCGACCGCAACAACAACAACCGUAUCUCACAACUGGAGUACACCACGUGAGUAAUGAAUCAAAUCAAAGGGAAACAUACUAUGGCCCGUGAGCUGAGUCAGGAGUGCGCAACCUUUCAUUGUAAAGUGAAAUUUAUUCAUUUUUUUUAUGCUAAGGAAAUGUUUAGGGAGCCUCAUGCAUGGGCGUAUUGUUUAAAAGAAUUUUAUAGAUUAGGCAGAAAAAAGAUGAAGUAAUGAAAAUAGCCGAAGGCUGGCUACCAUUUAAUGCAAAUCUAUUUUAUACGACCGACGGAAAUCUAAAUAUUUUGUUUUUAAUCUAUAUUUAUAUCUACAAAAUGUUUAAAGUAUGACAAGUGCAGGCUGUUAACAAAAAAAAGUACCCCACUUGCGGCUAGAAUAGAGCAGUUUCUGAAGUUUCUGAUAGUAAGUGUGCAAUGGAUCACAACAAGAAAAAAUAUUGAUUGCUUGAGGUCCGAAGCUAGGAGGCUUUUCCGCCAGGACGGGAGCCCCAGCGCAGUUCCCCCAAGUUUUAAAAUUCUACACGCCCAUUAAUAACGAUUCCUAUUUUUGAAAUCAAGUUUGAUUUGAAUAUGCGCAUUUUGAGAAGUGGGGAAAUCGCCACAUUUCCUCACAAUGAAAAAUUAUGAUAUUGAACUGUUAAUGUCUCUUAAUUUGGUUUUAAAUUGGAACACUUGGGAACAUUAUGGAACAUAAGGGAACAUUUGAGAACAUUUGGGAACAUUUGGGAACAUUUGGGAACAUUAGAGAACAUUAGGGAACAUUUGGGAAAAUUUGGGAACAUUAUGCAACAUAGGACAACUUUAAAAAGCACGCCUGUCUUUAUUUCCCUCCUAAAAUAAACUCUUGAAACAUUGGGGGAAAAUAGUAGGUUAAAAACUACAAUUUAUAAGAGAUUCUUUUUAAUUCUUUAUGUCAUACUUGUAACUGGCAAAACCAAAUUUGUGAAUUCAUUUAUUUACUCAUACUGUGUACACUUGUGUUUCCAUUGCAGAUGGUUUGAGCUCACCAUCAACCCCGUGGUUGGUUGAGGGUUGACGGCUACCGGACUGACGAGUAUGUUGAGGACAUUUUUAUUGACCUAUCAUGCGACUCGUUCUGCUCUGUUUUUGUAAUUUUAAAGUAUAGUAAAAAAAUAAAUUCUAUUUCCUUUGCAUA